UUUGACUGGCACUGUUGAUCCAGUUUUGUCGGACUAUAAAACGCACAACUGUUCUUCGAAAUAGAUCACAAAUCAAUCAGCUUCUACAGUAAGCACAAUACAAUAUUAUCUCUCAUUCGCAUUUUGCAGACCAACUAAAACCAACCACCAUGAAAUCUUACGUAGCUGCCGUUUUGCUGUUGGCUCUUGCCGUCUGCGCUUUCGCCGAAGAAGCCAAGCCACAACAAGCAACCCCUGCCAAGACCACAGACAAGCGCAGCAUCUACGGACUGGGCUACGGAUACCCUGCUUACCACGCACCACUCACCUACCCAGCUGCCCCAUUGGCCCUGCCCACGACAUUCGUGUCGCCACUGAAAUACCACGCUCCAUUGUCCUACCCCCUGUCCUACCACGCUCCCCUCCCCUACCACGCACCUCUCGCUUACCACGCUCCCCUCUCCUACCACGCACCCCUCCCCUAUCACGCUCCAAUCUCUUACGCGUCCCCCUUGUCUUACCACCACGCACCAAUCUACAAGGCCCCGAUCUAUGCUCCAUCUCUCUACUAAUCAUCGAUGAUACCGCAAUCGUCAACCGAUCCGCUGCUGCAGUAAUAAGAAAAUAUCAUACACCUAAUCUGAACUAUAAUUACUACAUCGUCGGCAAUCGUAGUUUCUAGUAAAUCAUUGUUAAUAAUCAUAUCAUUUUAUUUUAUUUGUAUAUAAUUAUGUGUGCAUCAUCGUGAAAUAUUAUGUUAUGUAUUUAUUAAUGAAAUAAAAAAGAUUUAAAUUCUCUUAAAAAAAAAAA